AUGCCUCCUGAACUCCAAAUUAAAGCCUUAUUAUUAGAUAUAGAAAGUAAAAUAGAUAAAAACUAUAAUCCUUACUUUCGGAUCAGUCUCCAAGGCUUAAAUAACCGUUAUUUUUAUGCGUUUAGUAAUAGUCUAAAUCAAGAAAUUUUUACCUCUUUAACUAAUACUCCACAGAACUUUAUUAACCGGCAAGUCUUAAUCACUUAUCAAGAACUUCCUAAUCAAACUAAUCAAGGAACCAAAGCCAGCCAGCCUUACUAUCUUUUGAAAUUAAACUUACGCCAAACUUUAACUCAAAAGUAUUUUAAAUUAACCGGUUCUAAGUUAGCAGUAGGGAAUGAUUACUGGUUUGAGUAUCAGAAAAGAGGAAAAUACUUCCAUUUAGCAGACUGGAAAAUCUUAGGAGACCAAUUAACUAUUAAAAGAGUUUUAAACUUAUUAAUUUUGGUUAAUCAAAUACAAUACAAUAUGUUUAGAGAUCCAGAAAAUUUACAAUUACUCCAAAAAUUAGAACAAAAAAUAGAAUCUAAAGAAAUUGUUGAAUUUACCAAAGAAUUAAAGAAAUACGUUAAAGAACGUAAAAUAAGAGACCAAUUCCUCCAUACUAAAUUUCAAGAAAUUUCCGAUUUAGAACUAAUUGCUGAGUUAGAAAAAAGAACCCAACACCAAGCCAUCAAACUGAGCAUGUAUUCCGGUAAUAAUACCAUUUUUAUCGAAGGAAAGGAUAUCAAGUGUGGAGGGGGUAACACUUUACCCAUUGAAAUUAAAGAAAAAGAUCCCCAUGU